AUGCGUUACUUUAGAGUGCUACACAACUUUGAUGCGCAGGACGGCGUGGAACUUACCGUAAAGAAGGGAGAAGUUGUCUGCGCCGUUGAUGCUGAGGUGCAGGAGGGGUGGAUCAAGGUUGAGGUGCUUAGUGACGCGCGACGGCGCGGAUUCGUCCCUUUUAAUUACCUGCGCGAGAUCGCACCGUCGGAGGUGCGGGGGCAGGAAGAGGAGGUCAGAAAUGGAGGAAGCGGCCUGGCAGCAGCCCCCGCCUCGCGUCCGCUCUCCGCGAGUCCGAGGGAGGCAUCCGCGACGUUCACUUCUGCCGCAAUGGAUUACGGCGAUAGACUGCAGAACAUGUACGGUGGUGGCGGCGCCUCGGCUCCGCGCCCAACGCCUCAGCAGGGCCUCUCUGUAGAAUCCCCCACAAAACGUGGCAAUGAGCCCGCAAUGACGACGGUGGCAGUGACAGGGCCAUUGCCGCCCUCUCCACGGGCGCCGCCGCUUUCACCCUCCAGUGUGGUUCCAGCGCCUGAUCGGUCACUGCUUAGCAAUCCAAAUGCAAUUAUUGAGGCGUUUAUGAAAAACGAACUUCAUUUCAAGCAGCUUGUCCGGCAGCGUCAAGACGCCCUGGCGCAGAUGCGGACAACAGUCGGGGAAGCCGUCGCCGAUUUGGAAGCGUGCAGAGAGAAGAAUGCCACACUGGCACGCAAGCUUCGUGACUUGGAUCAAUCCGUAGAGAAGGAGCGAGGGCGUUGGAAGGAGAGAAUCUUGGAAGAAAAAACGUACAUCAGUCGAUCCAUGUCUUCCGACUAG